GUUUGGGAUCUUGGUGGGCAAGAAAGACUCCGAACGUCAUGGACAACGUACUAUCGUGGGACACAUGCAGUUAUUGUAAUGAUAGACAGCACCGAUAGAGCUAGGAUCUCCCUUAUGAAGGACGAACUAUUUAAGCUGCUUCCACACGAGGAUUUACAAAGUGCAGUUGUACUCGUCUUCGCAAACAAACAGGAUCUUAAGGAUGCGAUGAAACCUGCUGAAAUAACUGAUGCACUAUCCCUUCACAGUAUCAAAAACCAUGAUUGGCAUAUUCAAGCUUGCAGUGCUCUUACUGGCGAAGGUCUGUACGAUGGUUUGGGGUGGAUCGCGCAGCACGUCACUGGGAAAGCACCAAGCUAA